ACUGGAUCCUUUGUCUCCCGGGAGCACGCAGACCUUCACAUUGCUUCCACGCCUGACUCCGGGCAGCCGCCGCAGGAAACCAACUCCAGGAGAAGGGAGCACCACAAAUCCCGGGGACGGUAUUUGGCGAGCCGAUUUCUAGAAGCAGACUUGGUAAUUCCGUGCCACUCCGAGGUGCGCAUGGCUCACGUCGAGGACGGCCACAGCAAGCGCCUGAAGCUCCAGAGGCCGCUGGGUGGUGACGGGCAUGGUUCCCAGGCCCCCAGGGAGCUGCCCACGGCAUCAGGGGAGCACGGCCCGCACAGCCAGGCCCUCAAGGUGUCCCCCCAGGGUCUGCCCCCUGCCGCCUCCAUGGCCAGCCUCCUCCACAGCACAGCUGCGCCUGGCCACACCGUCCCUGAGCUCAGACAGGAGGCGCCCGCCUAUCACCCUGCCCCUGGCACCCUGGGCCUGGGCCUGCUGGUGCCCGAGGCCAAGGCCCCCGGUGCCCAGGACGUCUCCAGCUACUGUGGACAGAAGCCCCCGGGCCCCGCUGCUCCUGGCGUCCAGAAGGGCCACACCCCAAAGCACAUUCUGUCCUCUGUCGUCCAUGAUACGUCAGACAAGUGGGACACCUUCAUCAGGGACGCGGACAUCAACACCCUGCGGGAGUGUGUGCAGAUCCUGUUCAACAGCAGGUUCGGGGAAGCCCUGGGCCAGAGCCACAUGGUCCGCGUUCCCUACAAGAAGAUCGUCCAGUACCCGGAGGCCGUGGAGGUCGUGGGCAUCCCGGACAAGAUCCCUUUUAAGCGGCCCUGCACCUACGGGGCCUCCAAGCUGAGGCGGAUCCUGGAGCAGAGACACAGAAUCCACUUCAUCAUUAAGGGGCCGUUUGGAGAACAGACCAGCGCAGAGCACACGUGUGUGGAAGACUCCAUGAAGCUGGAGCCGGCUGGCCCGGCCCAGGACACCUCCGCCGAGGUCUCCAGGGCCACCACGCUUGGCCUGGCAGCCGCUGCCACAGGGUCCGACCAGUGCGGCGUCUCCAGAGGCUGCAGGCCGGGGAAUUCCUCGGAGCUGCGGCCAAGCAAAACUGAGCCCGAGGACCUGCCGGGCGCCGUUCAGGUCACCCUCCAGGGUCCUCCGGCAGCCUCUGAGGAGACGAUGGCCUCGCUGCUGCCCCCGGAGGCCGACCCAGGGCCCGGCGAGGACGAGUGGCCCCAGAGGUGGCCUGCAGAGCACUGCCCCGGCCAUGGGACCCGUCUGCUGCGCCAGCAGGUGGAGCAGCUCUUCAGCAUGCGACUGGCCGAGGCCCUGGGUGUCGCAGUGCCCUGCCAGGUGCCCUACUCCACCUUCCUGGCGCACCCUGAGGACCUGUUUGUGCUGGGGCUGCCCGACGGCAUCUCCCUGCGCCCACCCAGCUGCUUUGGUGUCACCAAGCUGUGUCAGAUCCUGGAGGCCAGCGACAAUAUCCGGUUUGUCAUCAGGAGGCCCGAGCUGCUCCCCAAGGCCAGCAGUCAGGAGAGGGACUUGGGGGACCCCCUUGUGUGGCACAGCCUGACAAGCUUUCCGGAAUAUUAUGAUGCCAGAGUCCCCUGGGCCGACAUGGCCUCAAUGCUGAGGGCACAGGUCCAGGACCUGUUCAGUGAGAAGUUUGGGGAGGCUUUGGGGGCCACCCACCCCCUGCAGGUGCCUUAUGGUCAGAUCCAGAGCAACCCCGGCUGGGUGACCGUCGAGGGGCUGCCCCCAGGGAUCCCCUUCAGGAAGCCCAGCACCUUGGGCUCCCAGAGCCUGGAGCGGAUCCUGGCCGUGGCUGACAAUAUCAAGUUUACCGUCACUAGGCCACUUCCAGAACUUGGCCAGCAGCCCGAGGAGGGUGACGGCGGCACUGGGGAGACAGUGACCCUCCGAGAGUCUUCAGGGAGGAAGACCUUCGGGCCCUGGGCCCUGGGCUCAGUGUGGCCCAUGCGGGUUCCACACCAGCAGAUCCAAGACAACCUUACCGUGGAGGUCACGGGCCCGGACGACGCCCCUUUCCAGAACCCCAAAACUACAAUGCCCCCACUGGAGAAGAUCCUGAAGGCAGAGCAUGUGUGCAUGGCCAUCCGCAAGGAGCUGCAGUGGCACACAAGUCUGCAGUGA